UGGGAGGGUGCGCGGGGAUCAGGGGGCCGGAGAUGCCGGCGGGGCCAGCGGGCACUGGACAGGAAUUAAGUGAUCUACAACGCGACCCACCUGCUCAUUGUUCAGCUGGACCCGUGGGAGAUGACUUGUUCCACUGGCAAGCAACUAUUAUGGGACCUCCUGAUAGCGCCUAUCAAGGUGGAGUCUUCUUUCUCACUGUACAUUUUCCGACAGACUAUCCUUUUAAGCCACCAAAGAUUGCUUUCACAACAAAAAUUUACCAUCCAAACAUAAACAGUAAUGGAAGUAUUUGUCUUGAUAUCCUGAGGUCACAAUGGUCACCAGCUCUGACUGUAUCAAAAGUUUUAUUGUCCAUAUGUUCUCUACUUUGUGAUCCUAAUCCAGAUGACCCCUUAGUACCAGAUAUUGCACAAAUCUAUAAAUCAGACAAAGAAAAAUACAACAGACAUGCAAGAGAAUGGACUCAGAAAUAUGCAAUGUAAAAUAAAAAAAUAUUUCAUAUAUACCAGAGUACUGUAAAAUCUAGGUUUUUUUCAACAUUAGCAGUAAAUUGAGCACUGUUUACUGUUUCAUUGUACCAUGAAAUCCUUUGAUUUUUACCCAUUUUACAUGUAUUUCUGAAGCAAGACAAAACAAACUUCCAAAAAUACCCUUAAGACUGUGAUGAGAGCAUUUGUCAUUUUGUAUGCAUUGAGAAAGACAUUUAUUAUGGUUUUUAAGAUACUUGGACAUCUGUAUCUUCAGCUUACAAGAUCUGCAAUGCAUCUGAAAAGUAACCAAAUUAUUUUUUGCUGAAACUAGAUGUUUUUACAUGAGAAAUACUGUAUGUGUUGUCUAAGAUGUCACCAUUUUUAUAAAUCUGUAUUCAGAUUUCAUUCUUUGUUAGCUCACUUUAUAAUUUGUAUUUUUUUACUGUAUAGACUAAAUAUAUUCUAUUUACAUGUAUGUCAACUCAUUACCAUUUUCCUGUGAACAGUAUUGAAAAAACCCAACAGCUGGUAAUUAAGUGAAUUAACUGUCUCCCUUGUCUUAGGGUAUUCGGUAGAUUGAUUGCAGAUUUCUUAAACCUGAAAGGAUCUUUACACUGUAAUUCUCAGUAUCCUGAUUAUGGAGAAACACUUGUUUUGAUUUUGUUAUACUUGACUUAACGUUAUUGCAAUGUGAAUUAAUUGCACUGCUAAGUAGGAAGAUGUGUAACUUUUAUUUGUUGCUAUUCACAUUUGAGUUUUUUUUCUGUAUAGGCAAUAUUAUAUUGACACCUUUUACAGAUAUUAAUGUAGCUUUUUCCAUAUAAAUAAAAUGCUUUUUCUACUAUUUGUCUUGAUUACUUAAAGAAAUAAAUUAUUAUAAGUAAGGAUCAAAACUAUAAAAUUUCGCAUGAAAAUUAAUUCCAAAUUGUGAGAAUGAGUUGUAUUUGGCAUUCACUGCCAUUAAUUAUAUAAAUUUUAUUGCUUUAGGUUUGUAUCUGUUUACUGUAUUAUCAGUCUAGAGGAUGAUACACAUUGGACCCUUGUUAUAGAAGAGAAUUUAGAGUAAGUUGAGGUUUGUCUUGGAUCACAUUUUAAGUGGAUCAUUUACUAAAGUACUGUGAUGAGUAUAAGGCAGUGUCACCCACACUGAAGAAAGUAUUGACCUGAAAAAUAGUUUAACUAUUAAAAUGCCCCUCUAGGUGGAAUGGACAUUGUAUUUCUUAACAUUUUAAAAUCUAGAAUUUUUAAAAUAGUAGUUUAGUGCCAUCACAGUUUGAAAGAGGACAUCCAUUUUUUUACUAUAGAUGUUAUAAAGAAAAUUCAAAAAUGAUGCUUUCCUCUGUUUUUAUAAAUUUCCAGUUAAAACUGAUUUAAAUAAGCAGGUUAUCUUUGCAGAUUUUAAAGAAAGCUAGAAAGUUCUAACUUGGAAAAAAAAUACAUUUCUAAUUAUUUAGCAUGCUUACCAAACUUGAGUGAGUGUCAUUUUUAAGAAGAGUUGUAGCUCUUUGGAUUAUUGCAGUAGCUGUAUAAGUGUGCAAGAAUCUGUGAUGGAUGUAGUUGUUAGUAAAGCAUUUAAAUCACUUCAGUAUUUUACCAUGGAUCAUUACUAUUAAAGCACAAAAUAACCCGUUGUUAGAAAAUGUGUUUUUAUAAGUGAAUGUAAAAAUAAAUAAAUGAAUUGUGAAAUGGAUGUUUAAGAAAAUAUAGGUUUAAAAAGUAACUAUAUUAAGUAAUGUCUUGAAACAAACAUAUCAUGAAAAACACUGCUUUACUAGGUAUAUGAUUAUAAGCUACAUUCACCCAGAAUUUACACUCAACUUCAUUAGAUUUAAGUAUUUAGUAUAUUUUGAUAGUAAAGGAUUUUGUUUCUUGAAUAUCUUUCACUUUUUUUAAAACUUUGAUUUGUGUGGCAUUUAUUUUUGGAAGUGUCCUUUUUUUUUUUUCUUUAUUAAAGGUUUUGAAAUUCGCCUAAUU